AUGAACGGGUUACUUUUCCUCGCGCAGUGGCAACAUGGGAACCUCCUCCGGCUGAAUUGCCUCUCCAUUCUCAAAGUUGACUCGUCUCGAGAGAGUGGGUUAGCAACCAGAGAUAUUUUUGUGGACCAUUUAUUGCAGAAUCUACUGAUUAUGGCACCUUUGUCGAGCGAGAUACCUGUCAUUUCUCAAGACUUUUGCGUUUCAGCGUGGAUAUUGUAUCCUGGACUUCUUGUGACACUCUUUGUUUCACUUGCUGCAAGCGUCAGACACCAAGUGCAUAUCCAAGAUCGGGAAGACAGGGAUAGGAUAAUAAGCGAAUCUGCGUCAUCGUCAGAGAAUCAGCAUGCGAAAGACACGUGCAGGGAUGAGGAGGCUGCAAGAGAUGAGUCGGCAUCUCCUCCUCUUCCUCCAUUACCUGCAUUAGGCCCGCCAUUGUCAGCUUGUGAUAUUUUGCGGCCACUGUCGCAUCUGGCCCCGGCGCCGACUAGCGGGUUGGUUGCGUCACUAGCGAGACAGAAGAGCCAACAGAAAGUGGCAUGUUGUUACAGUUUGAUGCAGGACGAUCCGCCCCAAUCGGAAUCAGGCACCAAUACCACGACGAACUCUGCUGGCAUUCAAGAAGAGCCCAAAGCGUAUUAUACACUGCAACAUGCAACUGGCCAUCCACCGAUCAAAUCUUGUUCUGAGGGGGAAUCCACUUUCAAAAAGUCUCCCAGUUGUUCUGGUAGUGGGCCGCUCGACGUCCAGAGUUUGCCCACCCCGUCUGCAACCACGUCACCAGAGGGCCUCGAUCAAUACACAGUCUUCAGCCGCAGAUACGAUGAGAGGGAGCGCCUGGGCAGAGAAUCUGUCGAGAAACGCAGUGAGACUGUGCAACUCUUUCGCGGAGAGGACGAUGACAGGGACGAAAUUUGGAGUCGACGUGUUGUCGAAUAUCGCUGA